AGUCGACGUCGGUCUGUUAAGCGAGUAUUACGUAUCUCUGUUCGCUGUAUUUAAUUCGCGAGAGUAGCGAUCAAAGUUAAUCCUAAAGUGAAUAAAACGUGAAAUCUAAUCUUAAUUUGUCCAUUGGUGUCUCAAGAUAUCAAGUGUAUGGAUCAAAGGCGAGCAAUUGAGAUGGCAAAGGAAUCAAAAUCAGUGAUGAUUAAAAAUUCACUGUGAAAACGGAAGUGAAAAAUUUCUCUCUAAUUAAUUCUCCUGUGUGAACUUGUUCAAAUAUAAGAAGUAGACACAGGAUAAAAAAAAUAACAGGGAAGUGUGGAGAGGAGUUAGGACAAGGAAGAUCAAAAAGGAGCAGCAGAACUUCCUAAAAGAGUUCUACCCCAUUUUCACGUACGGGAGGGAGGUGAAAAAAGUACAUAAAAGGCAAACACUGAGACAAAUUUUCAUCACUCGCCAUCGUUUCAUGUGUGUCGUGGUGGAUGUGAUUUCUUUUGAUAAGGCACCCACACCAUCCUAUCCCAUGUGAAAAUUACUCUGCUGUGUGCCAAAAAACUUUUGAAGCUCUACACCACAUAAAACCAACAAGAGACGUUUACGGUGCAGUGAAUUUUCUCUUGAAAACCCUUUUGCUUUCCAUUUGACAAUUUUCCGCAUUCGUACACACCUUUAUUUUUUUGUUUUUGUCACCCCCGGGGGUGGUGAAAUCUGAGCCUCUGUUGACAGACGGUGGAUUUGUUCCGGGACUUAGUGUAUUACCUGUGUACUCGGUAAAAACGAAACCAAAACCGAAAAAUAAGUGAACGGAACAAAAAGCGCGCCAACAGUUUUGAAAAAAAGCAUACCUGUUUCCCAAAAUCGAGAGUAUCACAAGAAAAAUCUUGAAGUUCUCUAAAACUAAAUCAACUGUACAGUGACAAGGAUGAAGAGAUCAUCGGUCAGCAGUUACCGCCGAAGUGCGUCAAUCCUGCGUCCAGCAAUUUACAUUGUGGCCAUUCUCGUGGUCACCGACAUCCUAUUUACGGAGGCAGGAAAUUCAAAUCGCGGUAACAACAAUAAACCUACGCAAUCAACGUUAGCACCCAGAUUCGUAACACGUGGACACACCUAUAGGGCUGUUGUUGGUGACACACUUAUGCUUCCAUGUGAAGUGGAAAACUUGGGUUCAUUUGUGCUUCUGUGGCGCCGUGGGGCUAACGUAUUAACCGCCUCCAAUAUUAUGGUGACACGAGACGAACGGGUGCGAUUAAUUGACGGAUACAAUUUGGAGAUAACUGAGCUGGAGCCACAAGAUGCUGGCGAUUAUGUGUGUCAAAUUAGUGACAAGAUAAACAAGGAUCAAGUCCAUACAGUGGAAAUAUUAGUUCCGCCAAGUAUACGAGCUGUUCCAACAAGUGGUCAAUCUACAGCCCGAAAAGGUGGUUCAGUCACUCUGGAAUGCAAAGCGUCCGGGAAUCCCGUACCGGCAAUUCACUGGACCAAGAAGAGUGGCGGUACUAGUGGAACUUCAUCCCCAGCUCGAAUUGGCGAAGGUCCAAUCCUGACACUGGAACGUGUGGAUCGCCAACAUGCUGGAGUGUAUCAGUGUACAGCGGACAAUGGAGUAGGGGAGCCAGUUUUCUUGGAUAUGCGCCUCGAUGUCUUAUAUCCACCAGACAUCGCUGUGGAAAAGUCUUGGGUGCAUUCUGGAGAAGGAUUUGAAGCUCAGCUCGUUUGCAUUGUUCAUGCUGACCCGCAGCCAACGGUGUCCUGGUUCCAGAAUUCCUUCCCAAUUCAGCCCACAGACAGGCGUGUGAUGUCAUCUCGGGGCAAUAAACAUACUCUCAGCAUAAGGCAUGUACAAUCGGAGGACUUUGGUAAUUACAGCUGUGUAGCUGACAACUCCCUGGGGCGUGCCAAGAAGUACAUGGAAGUGUCUGGUCGUCCUGGACCCGCUGAGUUUAUAUCGGCUCCAUGGAGUAGGUUUGUAGACUCAUACAACAUGACAUGGAAGGUAAUGAGCUACCCACCGCUGCAAGAAGUUCGCCUUCUGUACAGGAAGUUGCUGAUGAACGACACAUUCCAGCAUCCAGGCCGAUGGCAUGACGUGAUCCUAACUCCAACGCCUAGGUCUUCGCCAGAGCCCAGUGAACACAUCAUGUCCUUCCACCUGCGUGGUCUUCAGCCAUCCUCCGUCUAUGAGGGGAUUGUUCAAGCCAAAAAUCGAUACGGAUGGAAUGAGGUGAGUGACAUAUUUCAAUUCUACACACAACGAAGUUCUACAGAACCACGAUUGGAGGAUAUGGAGCUUGUGGCAAGUUCAACGUCACGGAGUAGAGGAAGCACAAUUGCCAUGAGAACACUCUCUCUCAGUCAGCACAUUCUCCUGGGUCUCAUGACACUCCUCCUGGCCACCCACACCAUCACUCACGUGUGAGAAUUUACCAAACAACUCUACACUUCACGUGACCGAGAAUAAGUACAUUUUUAGAAAGUAUGUCGGAAUGAGAGUUCUAAAAUUUGCAAAAUCCUUCUUUUAUCCUCUUUUUUUAGAAGUAUAUCCUGUUUGUCGAAUAGAUUAAUACAAAAGAGCUAUGGAAAACUUUACCUUUCCCAUCACAUAUUUUCAUCGUGAUAUCCCCAGCUAAACACAGUAAAAACAAUGAUAAUUAUUAAUUAAUUCUUUACACUAAGUUUAUUGUUGUAAACUUACUCAAAACUUUGUGUAAACUAAAAUCGUGUAAUGUGGUCAAUAAACUCAAUAAAUAAGUUUCGGUAAAAAUCAAGGGUGUAAAUAUAAUGUAUCUGGUUCAAAUUAAAUUCCCUAAUCUUUAAUAGAGAGAUAUUAUUUGACAUUCCAAGCGAGCUCCUCCCAAUUUUAACCACGCCUCUUUCAUGAAUUUGUGGCUAAUCUUUAAAUUUUUAAAUUUCGAAUAUUUAAUUACGGCACUGUUACGAUUUCAGAGAUCCUAUCACAUGCAAUAUGAAAAGUGACUCAGAGAACAUUGUCAUAAAAAAUAGACCACGCCCUCUAAAAGACUUUCUAGAAUAAAUUCAAUAUUCGAAAUAUUUGAUAAAAAUGGAAACUUUUGAAAAAUUUUUGGAAUGAUCUAGAAAACCUCUUCUGAAAAUAAUAAUAAUUGAAGAUAUAGAUAAAGAAGAUAGAUUAUCCACGAGGUAACGAUCUCUUCACAUGUGUGGCAUCGGUACGUUUUAGGCAGUUUCCGAAGUCAUUUAUUAAUUGAUUUAAAUUUUUGGUAAUCGGUAAAGUGUGAUGUAUGAUAUUUCUCUGUAGAUUUUCUUUAUAUUGCACCAUCUCAAAGAUUAUUAAAGGGUUUGAGCAAGUGGCGCUCUCUAGAAUAAUCCAAAGCAGAGGGCGUGGCCUAUUUUUUUCUGAACAAAUUUGAUAGAGAUUCGCUAAAGAUUGCAGUUGUUUGGAAUAGCUUACUUGAAAGAUGUUACAAUGCAUUGCGAAAAAAAUCCGAUUAACAUUUUAGUUUCAGUUGACUUAGUUCAUGAAUGGGGCGUAGCGAAAAACAGUUUAUGGGCGGAGCCUAUUAAGGAUGACAAAUCUUUCCUUUCUGUACCAAUUAAAAUAAUACUUGAAAUAAAAUAAAAUAAACUUAUGAUUUUGUACAUGACUUAGAAUUUUCACAAUAGUAAAAAUUACACAUGAGUAAAUUUACAACAGCAAUAGUGUAAAAAAUUUGACUAAUAAUCAAUCAUUUUUUUUAUCGUGUAUCAAUAGGUUAAGAUGUGGUCGAAAAACGCGAUGUUGACCUUUCCCCAAAUAAAAUACAUGCCGCCAUUUGAAUCCCAAUAAGAUUAACUAAAUACACAAUCCCAGGAAAGACGCCCGAAAAAAGCGUCCUUUAUGUUGCAGUGAAAUGAAAGAAUUUGUAAAAGUGAGUAUAAAGAAAAAUGUAUAAUUAGAGAAGUAAAAAAAAUGAAAUUUGGAAAUAUAUAGACUUUUAAUAUAUAUUUGAGAAGGAAUACAAAAUGAAAUUAAUAGAUAACGAAGAGGCACGUAAGAUGAGAGAAAGUGAAGGGAGAACAUGAAAUAGGUAAACUGUUUACUAUCAUAAUGUUUAAGUGUGUAAAUAAAGAAGAAAGUUGAUUCAUCGCAACAUUAAAAAAAAAGUGUAAUUUGCAAAAAGUGGCAAAAAAUAAAAAAAGGAAAUAAAUUAAACGGAAAUUUAAUUAUGACUAACACGCUACGAAAAUUCCAAGUAUGAAGCAUUAAUUAUUAAUUUCAACACUUCCGGCAAAAUGUGAGAUAAUUUCGUUAGACAACAUCCCUCACCAUCCCAUUUGCUGUAAUAGAACACAUAGGAACUAGUCAGAAGAGUAAAUAUUACUAGCAAAAAACUGCCAUGUCCUGGCAGAAGAAGCAAGCAAAAGAAUGCUUUUGAAAGGACAAUUCGUUGCAGCAUGAAAAGACAAAAGACAAAAAUUCUUUGUUGAUAGAAAGCAUUUUUCAUUCUUCAUUUUCACUUGAAGCAAUAAAAAUCUAAUAAGACCAUUUCAGAGUAUUUGGACUCCAAAGAUGAAGCUAAAUGAUUUAAAAAUAUUGCUCAAGUCAGAAAAAGCAUCAAGAAAAAGAUUUUCAAGGAAAUCCAAAUAAUGACUACGAAGUUUUUUUAUAGCUUAAACAAAAAUAUUGAAUUUAAAGGGUUAUCCACAUUUCAUUAAAUAUACUAUGCCAUAAAAUAUUUAUGACCAUCGCUUCUUGUGAUUGGAUAUAGUUUUGAAUGCUCUGGAGGUUUACAAGCUUCUGUCAAUCAGGGAGGGCAAUGAGAAUAAAAUAUUUAAUGAGAAUAUAAAUAUUUAAUUAUAAUGGAUAAUGCUUUAUUGUGACAUUCUGAAUUUUUAAAAUAUUUUGAGAAGUGAAAAAUAGUAAAAGUUAAUAACAAAACGAUGUAGGUCAAGUAAAUAAUACAAAAUGGUAAGUAAUACAUUUAAUUUUGUUUUUCAAUUCGAUUGGUUUUCAAUUUGAUUCAUUAACAAAUUUAAUUUUCUAUAGAUCUACAUAAAUUUAUUUUCUUCUAUUUCUAUUUCUCUACUGCAUAUUUUUUACAUUUUACGCUUCUUAAAUCUCUAACUUUUUCCCGAUAUCAGUUAAUUUGAGGUUGAACUUCAUUUCAAUUCCUCACAAUUAUCUUACUAAUUCUGUAAAUUUUCUUUAAGUUAACAUUUUAAAUUCAAAUUAACAACAAAUUACUAUACAUUUUACGUACCAUUUCGAAUUAUUUACUGUGUCCUUUUGAAUAAUUUCUUCGAAGACAUGAAUGUUCGAAGGGAGAGUACUUUCCCCUAUUUGACCGACUCUCUACCUUAAGACGACUGAAAUAUCAAAAACCAAUUUUUUUCCAUGUUGCUAAUUUAACUAAUGGCUCUUUCGGAAAACGUGAGACAUAGGACUGGCUAAAAUAUAUUAUUAAAAUAUAUAUUUGCCAAGGGUCUGAUUCCUUGAGGAACAUAUUAUGAAAAAAAAUACAUCGUCCGAAGAUGUCUUAAUUUCCCCUAUAUAUUCUUUUAUAAUUACCAUUCAAAAAAAAAAUAAUAUGGAACUAUUUUGCAAAGUAAAACGCUCUUCUGAAGCUAGAAUUUCCAGGGCAGUAGUUUUAUGAUUCCUCACUAAGCUCUAUCCAAAAUUAUUUUAGGCCACGCCCACUCCUGGAGUCGAAUCCAAUCAGUUAGAAAAUUUACAUAUUUUCAGUUUUUAAUUAUCAAAUACUGUGAGACUUUGGGGAGAAAACACUCGCGUUUUAUCCUAUUCUUUAAUUCUUUUGUAUUCUAUUCUUUUUCUGCAAUGAAUCUUUUAAAAAAUUAGCCACGCCCUCCUUCAAAUUUGUAUUAUAAAAAAUCGUAAUACAUGCAAAGUAACACAAAUAAAAUGGGAAUGGGAAGGCAGCAAUAGAUAAUUUCUUAAUUCAAGCCAUACUAUUGUAUUCUGUCCCCGAUUAAAAAUUCAAAUUUUUAUUUGUUUAAUUAUAUUAAUCCAUAAUAUCCACUUUUAUCAGUAGCUAACUCUCCUUUGUAGAACAUUUAAAAUAAGCGGUUUAUGAUGUGUCAAGGCCUUAGAGAACCAUGUAAAAUUAAAAUAUCCCAAUCAAAUAGCUGGAAAGGCUAUCAGUUCCCAUUAUUAUUUAAAAAUUUUUGAAAUUGAUUUUUUUUAAUACAAUUAUUAGUAUUAAUCAGACCUAGGGGGAGGUGGAGCUAUAUUGUUAUACGAUUUUUUCGAAUAUUUCUAAUGGAAACUGGGUUUUAACAUGAUGCAAUUUAGAUAGACAAAAUAAUUGUGGAUCUAAAUAAAAUAAUUGUGUAGAGCGUGUGGCCUAUUCGACACAUGUCAACCCAGUCGACGGCCAUAACCCACCAAUCCUAUUCCUUCAUUCCUUUGACACGCCCAACCCCUACCAUCCUUAUGGGUCUUGAAAGGUUGCUUUGGGGCUUUUAUUGCUAGGUAAAUGUCCUCAGUCUUCAAUGAGUGAGCAUCAGUCGCCGUGGAGUGGACGGUUCACUCUCAUGAAGUGAAAAAUGGGUGGCACCUUCAGUUCUCCAAUUUCCUUCUGAGUGUUUGUAAUUUUAUUUAAGUGAGCCUCAUCUAGGCUUACAAUUGUAAGGGCCAGCUUCAUUUAGAAAUAGGCGAAAAAGUCGUAUAACAAUAUAGCCCCACAGCUCAAAGUAGCCGCACCUCCCUCUAUAGGGCAAAGCGCGCUACCUUUUGACGACUCAAAAGCUAAGAACGACUAAUUUUCUUCAAUAGGUUUUUAAUUAAUUCGAUCCAUUUUAAUAUUAUAUUUAGAUAUCUAGUCCAAUGUAAAUUUUUUUUAACAAGAGCCAUCUGUCAAAUCCCAUUAAAAUUUUGCAGUCCGAAGAUAUAGCACUUUCAACCAUACAUCUCUGAUUAACAUUUAAUAAUUUGAAAAGAAAUAUAACAAAUUAAAAUGUUUUAAUACAAGCCUUGAUAAAAUUAUUUUGGGUAGAGCUUAAUCAAAGGGCUUUACUAAUUACGAGAUCUUUUUUUUUUCAAUAUAGAACAUUCUGAAGAAUUUUCUUGUGGAGUACCCGUAAUGGCCUCUACACGCUAGAGAAUUUUAUGUCCAUAUUGAAACAAAUUCCCUGCGAUUGUGUAGGAAAAACUCUUCAAUAUAGACAAAAAUUGCUCUAAUGUGUAGAAGCCAUUAAGUCUCUACAGAAUGCUCUUUGAUGAAAAUUUCUCACAAUAUCAACGUAAAGGCUAAAAGUGGUAAAAAGAUUCUUUACUUUCAAAUGCUAGAUUUUAUUUAAAUUACAUAUUUCUGCAGAAGUUAGAAGUAUUUAAAUAAAGCCAAUAGAAAUUUUGGAGAACACAUAUACCUCCUACACCUGUCCAAGUUUCUCUUGAAUUUAUUGCUCGGAUAAGUUUCUAUGAACUUUUCUUUUGUUUGAAAUCCUGAUCUUGAAAAGCGCAUAAUUUGUAAAAGGUCAAAUGUUUAUUUCCUCAAAAUAUAUCUCACAAAAUGAAUGUUGACACAGAAAGCAACUUCUCCUAGGAAAAGAGGACUAACCUAUUUUAUUGAGAAAAAGCUCUUGAAAUUCUCCAACUUCCCCCUUCAAUCAACUUCACGUGCAAUCUUCUGUUGGACUUUUAUUCUCACGUGUUUGCAAAACUUUUAAAUUGGACGUUUGAAAACAAGAAACAAUUGAUAAGAGUGUGAGAUCAUCAAGAAAUCGUUAUGUGAUAAGAAUUGAAAAAAGAGAUUAAAACUUAAAAUGUAAUUUACGAAUAGUGAAAAUAAAUCACAUUGAUGACACCACCAUAGUAAAUAUCACGGAAUUUGUAAAAAAAAAACAAGAAAAA